ACGAGGGUGGCUACUUGUGCGAAUUGGGAAUUUGGAAUUAAAAGAUAGACAAGUGAUAAUGUCCCACCGCCACCAGGACAUUCCCAUCCGCCCACGCUACGGUUACGUGGACGAGGAGAGUGGCCCGGACAAUCGGCAGCGGUCAGGAGGAUCCGGGGUCGGAACUGGAGGGCAGACCACGCCCGCGUCCUCGUACACGGAAAUUCUGUUUCUGGCCCAGUAUCCGGGCGCAGUGCCGGAGAACUUACUGCAGGACCUCACGCCAACGGCGGGCCCGGGAAACGCUCUGCCCGGGACAAGUGACGAGAGCUACGUGAACCUGGACUCCGGCGCGGAGGAUGGGGAGGACGAGGAACUGGACCCCGAGGAAGAGGAGGACAACAGCAACACGAACAGCAACUCUAAGGACAGCUCGGCGGGGGAUGUGCAGCGCAACAGGAUAAGAUCGGAGAGCAACCUUCCCUACGAGCUGGAGGGCGCCAGUGACUCGGACGGCAUGCGUCACUUUGUGGCCCACGAUCUGGAGGCCAAGCUGCGUGAGGGUUACUCCUCUGAGCACACCACACCAUCCACCUCCGUGGCUCCCGGUAUGCAGGGCGGUGGAUCAUCCGGCCUGCUCACGCGGCGCUUCCUGCAGUCGCGCAACGUGCCCGAGGUCGAUGGCAGCGUGCUGAGCGACAUUGAGCUGGAGGCCCAGUACCUGGCCAGCUCUGUAGACAACCUGCUGGAGAACCUGGGCAACCUGCUGCACUCCAUUUCUUCAAUCACCGCCGACAACGUGGAGGUGCACCGUAGUGCGGUCAACAAGCUGACCGACACGCUGGACGCGAACAUCAAGUGCCAGUACCAGUUGCUGGCCAAGGCCGAGGAGAUAACCAAGUCGAUGAAGCCCACGGAGCAGCUGGGACAGCGAAUAAGGGAGAUCAAGCGACUGGUGGACAUGCUGGACAGCACCAUGUAGAUGGCCCAAUCCCCUGAUCAGCGCAAUCAAACAAGUAUCUUAGAAAGUUUCUAGUCAUUCCGCAAAAUAUAUGUAAAAUUCAAGUUCAAA